AUGUCUAGAACUCCUCUAGUCCACACGAGUAACUCAUCAUUUGUUAAACUGCCUGAUAUCGAUAAGGGGGACAAGAGUAGACUCAUGCUUGAAAAUUUUGGUGUGAAACAGCGCAGUUACAGCAAACUCAAGGUACAUGACAACAGCCGUAAUGCUUAUGGGUCCCCACAGAAGAUAAAUAAUCAUAAGCAUCUCCAGCGGACUAUUGAGAAGUAUAAAGUGUAUUCACCUAUGAAAAUCAAAGGCAAGGUAAUCCUUAGCAAGCCUAAAGAAGAAAUCUUUAAGUAAUGAAGAAGAGGAAGAGAAGAAAGAUGAAGUCUUCAGGAUCAACACAGUUCAUGCUAAAGGUGAGAGAAAUACACUGAAGGAAGUCAUUAAGUUAGAGGGGUUUAAGGAAACAAAGGCUACUGGAGAAGGCAACCUCCUGUGGUAUUAUUCCUCUCUCCGUGAGAUAGACCUAAAAAUUCUUAAUUAUCGACAAUGUUUGUUUAACAGGUACCCCAGAGCAAGUACUAUCUGAAGGAAGAGGCAAUUUCAUAUUUUAUUAAAGAAAUAUCAGAGGUAUUUUCCUGAUGAUUUUGACUUUAUCCCUCGCACAUAUUGCUUGCCUGACGAAUACAAGAGCUUUAGAAAACGACUUGAUAGGAAAGACGAUGCCUUCUUCCUAGCAAAGCCUUCUAAGGGGAAAGGUGGCGAUGGCAUUUUCUUUAUCAACAAAGGGACAUCAAUUACGAAGGAAGAUAUGAGAAUACAUGAGUAUAUCGCUCAGGAAUAUAUCAAAAAUCCCUUACUGAUUGAUAACAAGAAGUUUGAUUUUCGACUCUACCUGCUCAUCAAAGGUGUUGACACCAUGAAAGCAUACAUUGCAUUUGAAGGAAUGGCUCGGUUUUGCACUGAAGAGUACUCCAAACCUGCAAAGGCAAAGAAGGACUCUGCCCAGGAUGAUGCUCUCUUGUACAAACACCUCACUAACUACUCGUUGAACAAGAAAAAUGAGAAUUACGUGUGAAAUAAUGACUUUGAAAAUAACGAAAAUGAGGGAAGCAAGCGGCUUCUGUCUACUAUUUUUAAGUACUUAGAGAACGAUGGAAUCGACGUUGAUGAAAUCAAGGAAGAUAUUCGAGAUAUUUGCUCAAAAAUAGUCUUAGCCAUGCAACCAUUUUUAUAGUAAACUCCUUCCACACAGACAUGGGUGUUGGUAUGGAGACAAACCAAAACUUAUUUCAUAUAUUCGGCCUUGACAUUUUACUAGAUGAGGAUUAUAAGUCAUGGGUGAUGGAGAUAAACUGAUUCCCAAGCUUGAGUUACUUCUUCGAUAAACCUGUGAUUGACCCGGAGACUGAGACUGAGAAAUAGCAUCAAGCUAGUCUCAGAUCUUGACAAGUACCUCAAACCUAUAGUGGUGAAAGAGGCUAUUUCCAUUGUUCGUAGUGAUGAAAUCCCGAAAGAUUCUGUCUUCGAACAGGUUUUCCCACCACAAGAGUACCCGGAGGAUUACCAAGAAUUCACUGUUUAUAACGACAUUAGGGUGCUAUUUGAGAUCCUUGCUGGGUUCAGGAAGCCUGAUAUACUAACGCUCUCUCAAUUCCAGAAAAUUUGUUACUUCCCAGGGAUGAAAACUGACAAAUUAGGGAAGCCAGAAUACGCGAUAAUAUUCGCUCAGUAUGCGAAAAGAGGGAAUAGAUCCUUCAUGACUCUGGACAACUUCGGCCACGCCUUGGAGCAUUUGUGAAGUAUACUAUAUCCAGAGGCAGGCAUGAACCCUAGACCGUUGGUCUCAAAGCUGCUAGAGCAUACCCAGUCCAAGGCAUAUUACUAGCUCUGAGACCUCAAUUUGACCUUAA